GGUUACCAUCAUUGUCAGUAGCUCCCUUCACACACACACAGUCACACACAGAGAAAGGGAGAGAGAGAGAGAGAGAGAGAGAUGGCAGGAGAUCGGAGGAUCGGAGUGGCGCUGGACUUCUCCAAGAGUAGCAAGCUUGCACUUCAAUGGUCGAUUGACAACCUCGCCGAUAAGGGUGAUUCCCUCUUUAUCAUCCAUGUCAAAAGCCCCUCCGCCGAUGAGUCUAAAAAUUCCCUCUGGUUUCAAUCCGGAUCUCGUAAUUAUUUCCCCAAAAUUUCCACUCACGUUUUGAUUCUUUGUUCUCGUAUGAUAGAAUCAUUUCUCCUGAUUGAUCCUUCAUUGUUGAUUGCAGCUUUGAUCCCGUUGACGGAGCUGCGGCUGCCGGAGGUGGUGAGGCAAUACGAUGUCGAGCUCGACGCUGAAGUUUUGGAUUUGCUCGAUACUGCUUCUAGGCAGAAACAGGUUGCUAUUGUAAUGAAGAUUUAUUGGGGAGAUGCGAGGGAGAAGCUUUGCCUUGCUGUGGACGACCAAAGGUUGAAUUCACUUGUCAUGGGAAGCAGGGGUCUCAGUCCAUUAAAGAGGAUUUUACUUGGCAGUGUAACAAGUUAUGUAGUCUCCCACGCAGUUUGCCCAAUCACAGUCAUCAAAGAUCAAGAUUUCAAGCACUGAAUUACUCUAUUAUACAUAGAGUACUAAAUAAAGUCUCAGCUGUAAACUUAGAAUCAGCAGAAUCAGAUAUUUAUGUGUGAGUGCUGUGUAUAUAUCUUUAUGCUUUAUCUGACUGAGCUUUUACCAUUAAAUAAUUGCGUGCUUGUAUGAUGCUAGUGAAUGUGCUCCUACACGUAACAGAUGUGCUAAUACUUUGCUCUGUUAAUAACUUGCCUGUGUAAUAAACUUCAGAUCUCUACUCUUAAGGAUUAAUUUGCUGCUGCUUUACUAA